AUGGCGAGUGCAUACAAUAAUAAUGAAAUUUCUGGUGAUAUUUCAUCAGAAAAUAUGCACAAUGCGUCAUGUGAUGGAUGUAAUUCAACAAAAAUCUAUAGUGAUCGGUAUAGAUGUUUACAAUGUGUUGACUAUGAUCUAUGCGGUAAUUGUUUUGAAGAACGACGUCAAACCAAAGAGCAUCUUAGUGGUCAUGCAAUGGCACAUCUCAAAAUUCCCAAAGAAUUGUUUGGUCAACCGAUCCGUCAUACUAAUGAGAUAACUCUUACAAAACUUCACGAGCUUCUAGCUGGUAAACGUCACGAUAACAUAUGUAACGGUUGUAGCACACAGAUUGUUGGCAUUCGAUUCAAAUGUGAUACUUGUUAUAAUUAUAAUCUAUGUUUUCAAUGUAUGAAACAACGAAUAAUCAAAGAACCACAUGAGGACAGUCAUCCAUUAGUAGCAACCAGCAAUCAAAGUCUGAUGAAAAUCGAUAUCAAUGAUAUUCGGAAACUAGAUGUACUUGGUGAAGGAGGAUUUGGUCAAGUUUGUAAAGCACAAUGGUUAUCACAUAAUCGUCAAGUAGCUUGUAAAGUAAUUCGAGUGACACCACAACGAUGUCACUUGGAAGAGAGUUUUCGCAGAGAAUUAGCUGCCUAUGUCGAAUUAUCAGGCGCAUUUAUUCUUAAAACAUUCGGUUAUGGCGAUCGAAUGCUAGAAAAUGGAGUCAAAGAAUGUUAUUUGAUUACUGAAUUGAUGCAUCGUGGUAGUUUGAGCAAUGUUAUUCAUAAUAGAAAUGAGAAAAUCUCACUUCGACGUAAACUUUCUAUGGCCUGUCAUAUUGCUAGUGGCAUGCGUAAAUUACAUGGACACUCGAUGAUUCAUCGGGAUAUUCGUCCUGAUAACAUUCUUGUGUCGAAUAAUUUCGUAGCAAAGAUCGGUGACAUGGGUAUUGCAAAUCUAUUCAAUCCAGACGAACGUCACACAUUAAUUGGUUGUUUGCCUUUCAUGCCACCGGAAUUUUAUCGAGGAGAUGGUCAAUAUGAUCAAUCACUAGAUGUGUUUACUUAUGGAUUGACAUUGAAUGAACUAUUUACAGAGAAAACUCAUCGAUUUAAUCAAUCAACAAAACGAGUUGAAUUAAUCGAACAAAGUCCAAUUUUCACGAAUUAUAUUCUUAAAUGUAUUCAGGAUGAAUCAACCCGCCGACCAACAGCUGUCGAACUGGAAAAUACCCUUCAUAAGGGUCGACAAGCAGCCGAUCGAUAUAUCAAAGAAAAGUGUCCCGAUUAUACAAAAGAAACAAUAGAAAAAAAAGAUAAUAUUUUCAUUGGUUUCUAUCAUGAAUAUCGNUAA